UCCACGGUCAAACGAUAUCAGUUCCCAGUGUUCACUCACUAAGCUGCACACACAAAUGCUCCUUUCUUAAAUUCAAUUGCACAGCUCGAAAAAAAUUAUCGCGAAACUUUUAAGUAAUUCAUAAAUUCUCGAAAAACUAAACGAUUUAAAAACUUCUUCAACUUACACUUGAGUAUAAACUGCAACGACAAUAAAAAAUGGCCAAAUUCCAAAUUGUCUUAUUGUGCGCCGUGUUCGCCUUCAUCGCCUGCAUCGCCAGCAUCGAGGCUGAGCCACAACAGCGUGGCCAACGUGUCUACUAUCGUCCAGCAGCUGCACGCUACCAGCGUCCACGCACCCGCUAUCUGGCGCGUCAAGAGGAGGCCGAUGCCGCCGCACCCGAGGCACCAGCAGUCACCCCAUACCCCUCUGCCGAUGAACUGAAACCAGCAGUACCCUUCGAUGAAGGCGCACCCGCCACCAACAUCCCCGACGAAGUCUAUGGCCCACCAGAAGCCAACCAGCCCGAUGAAGUAUACGGCCCACCAGAGGUCUUCGGCAACGAACUCCCUGCUGAAGCUGCCGCUGAUGCUGCGCCCGUCGAUGAUGUGCCCGCUGCCGACCCAGCCGCCGAGGACUUCCCCGCUCCUUUGGACGAACAACAAGCUCGCCUGGUCGCUGCUCGUCGUACCGCCGCCCUCCGCCAACGUCAACGCAAAGCGGCUGCUUACCGUCAAGCCUUGGCUGCCCGUGCUGCCGCGCGCCCUCUUAAAUACAAAGCCGUAGCCCAGCGCCGCCACUGAAUUGCAGGUGCGGUGCUCGAGUGUGAGUGCUGCAGAAGUGCUGCAGAAAGUUGUAAAUUUUUGUAAAAAUAAGAAAAUUUGACAAACCUUUUAUGCUAAAUUGAAGAAAAAAAAAACAAAAACCACAAAAAAAUAAUGAAAGUGUGCUCCCACUGUAAUCAAAUAGUAUGUAUGUAUGUAUGUGUGUGAAAUAAGCUAAAGCUGCGCUUGGAGCGCAGCACACCCAAAAAAACUAUAUAAAAAGGAAU